CAUGAUUGAUCUUCGAUCGGUGGCUACUGGAUUUAUUUAUACUCAUAUCCAUAAUUACUUUUCUAUUUUGAUUUACAAUAACUGUUGUAAACAAACGGUGUUUACACCGACCGCUGCUGUCACUGUCGGACAUUAUGUCGGACUUCGUAUUUACGAAGUUGUCGGAAGAAAGCUUCGCGAUCAGGAUAACUGAGUACCGCGGUGAGUGAAGGACCAGGACGGGAAAAAUGUUCAUAAAAGGGCCGAACAACGCGUGAGCGGUCUCAUUACCGCUAGAAAACGUGAACCAAUAAAACAAACUAAUUUUUUGGUUCGCUCCAGUAAAAUAGCGUUCCUAAUUAAUUCAAGACUUUUUGCGUUUUCUACAAUAACUUUGUUCAUCACUUUCAUUGCUAUGGAUUCUAUAUUUGCUGGUCUUGCGUAAAAUGUGUCACCUGUGGUGCGCUGAUUGGUCGCGCUGUUCGAUUGACAUGCUUGCUUUGAUUAUGCGUCUGAUUUGCUACGUUGGCUUAAAAUGUGUCUUUCGUGUGUCGUGUAGAUUUAUUUGUGUGCUCGACUACGAUCGAUUUGCUAAGUUGGUGUGAUUUGAUCUGUCUACAAAGUGUGCUUCGCUCUUUCCUGUUUAUGCAUUUGUUUUUUCUUUAUUUGUGCAUGGAACAUGGUACUGUACAAUGAACUUGGUUUGUUGUAAGCUGUUUAGCAGAUAUGCCAAAGUGCCCAGCUGACAACUGGUCUAAAAUAAACGCUAUAAUUAAAAAAAAAAUUGCUCGACUCUCAUCCGAACUGCUCGUGUCAUACUCGAUUUUUUCAAAACUGCUGGAGUAACGGGAUUUCUCCGGCUGACCGGCUCUGACAGAUUCAAUUCUACCUAUGAUCUGAUUUGAUUUUGGGUGUUUGGAAUACGAUUAGAGCUAAAAAUUGUCGACAACCUUUAUAAAAGUGUAUAAAAUCAUUAAAAAUGUCUUCGAUACCUCUGAAGAGAAGCCGAAAAGUGACGAAUCUGGCAAAUAAGAUGCUAGCGGCUUUAGAAGCGGAGUACGAUCGUGAGCAAAACCUGCACGCAGAAGUUCCGGGACCGAGCCGGAUGGUGACUCAAAAUAGCGAUCCAACAUCUCAGGGAGAGAACCAACCCCAGGAGAUGGAAGAUUCAUCGCAGCUUCCGGAACCGAUAGACACAAGCGAUAUUAGUUUUAAUUUUUCUGGUGGUGGUGUUCAAGGGGAAGUAGUUUUAGUUUAUAAUAAUUUUGUAGAUUUAGAUAGUAGUGUAGAAACUGGCGACGAGGACGAUUACGUCGGAAAUGGACUGCCCUACCGCUGCCCAAGGAUUCUCGAACGCUGCUAAAAACAUCCACUACUAUCGGCAAGGAAAUACGAACCCUAGAAGGAGGAGAAUUUUGGUACAAAGGAAUAGAGAAUAAGCUCAACAGCUACUUUCAGUAAGUAUUUACAAUAUGUUCAAUAAAAAUGUAUGAAUAAUUAUUUGUCUAUAAUAUUACUUUUCAGGUCAACUGUUCCUUCUACGGACCAACUCACAAUCAUGUUGUCCACAGACGGCCUCCCACUUCAUAGAAGUGCAACAACACAGCUUUGGCCCAUCCUAAUGAAAGUGGAAGAGCUCCCCCUAGCCCCAAUCAUGAUGAUAUCAAUGUUCUGUGGACCGGAAAAACCAAGCAGCCUGGAAGUCUUUUUGAGGCCGCUGGUAGAGGAAAUGAAAGAGAUUCAUCAGAGAGGAUUGCGGUUCGGCGAUAAAGUGGUGCAGCUAAAGAUCCGCGCUAUUAUUGCCGAUUUUUGCAGCAACGACCAACUAUAAUGGAUACCACGGCUGUAUGCGGUGUACCUGUGUCGGUGAAUAUUAUGCACACCGAAUGAUUUUCGACACCGUCGGUGCUCUACUACGAACCGAUGCAGGAUUUCGAGCUAGGGAAUGUCCGGGUCAUCACCAACUAUGGAACUCACCAUUAGAGGAAUUGCCGGGUUUCAACAUGGUUGAGAAUGUACCAACGAGCGAUCGCCUACAUACAUGCGAUCCGGGAGUGACCCGUCGACACCUAUUAUUAUUAGUUGAAAAUAAGUAUUCUAAUUUUCCUCCUUUAUCUUUUGCAGCAAAAAAAUGGAUAUCUAAAUUCCUUACCACCGUACAACUUCCCUCUGAGAUUAAUCGCAAACUCAGAGGUUUGGAUGUGAUACGGUUUUGGAAGGGUUCGGAAUUUCGAUCAUACCUGCAUUACGCCAGUCCAGUGCUGAUGGAGGAAUUUUUAAGUGAGAAAGCGUAUAGUCACUUCUUGCUUUAUUUUUGUGCUUUAACUAUAUUUUCGUCCUCAUUUCAUCGGAGCCUUUGGGGACGUGCAGCUGAAUUUAUGGACACCUUUGUUCAGUUGUAUGGGGAGAUUUAUGGCCGUGAGAACCUCACGAGCAACGUCCAUAAUCUUCAGCACAUUGCUCAGGACGUUUUGCAGUACGGACCGCUAGACGAGUUUUCAACGUACUGUUUUGAAAACCACCUGCAGGUCAUCAAACGGUCGGUUCGAUCAGGCUUUCGGUGUGGAAUUCACGCUGCAGCACGUUCAGAAGAAAGAUCUGCAUUGGGAGUGGCAAGUAGUAGAACGAACCGUCGCUAUCCCUACUUGACCACAAACGGGAACCAUAUCCGAAUUUAUCAGUCACUCACUUUACUAACGUAUAAAUUUUACUGUCGUGUAGGUAGCUCCAGAAAUACCAGGAUACGAGUUUGGCGUAUGAUCUUGCUUGACCGUGAGCAGCUCAGAGAGCUCCUAUGGAAGACACUGCGAGGAUGAUCCGGAGUCGAUUUUUUCGUCAUCUGAUAUCCUUAUAUACAAAAUACCGGCGGUCGUUCCGACACAAGACGUGGAAGUGGAAUUAGCAGAUGUCAGAUGCAAGCUAGUCGCUGUCCAGCCCUCAGUUCGACCCAAAUCAACAGUGUUCUUUCCUCUGCUGCAUACACUUCGAUCCGAGUAAGUAAAAAUAAACGAACUACAACGAGUUAUUGUAAGGAACCUGAACUAAUUUACAAAUUGAUCUCUUUUUAGGUAGCUGGUAGUGUGGUAGUGUGGUGCUUCCAGCAAAGAUAUUGCUUUCACGUUGUUAUUCUAUUUUUAUUAUUUUUCCAUAUGAUAGUGUUCCGUUUCGUUAUACACCCCUUUGUUUUG